GACUUCUGGAAGCAGCGUUCGAUGGAGAGGCAGAGGAAGUGUUAGCAAUUUUGAAGGAGGUGUCUGAUAGGGACACAAAGCGUGGCCUUGGGUUGGAUGAAGCAGGCAAACGCCAGCGGCUGCUAAACCAACUUUUCAUGAUUAACAUCACAGAUGCCAAUGGCAACACAGCAGUGUCAGAAGCAGCAGGUGGGGGUCAGCCGGAAGUCAUCACCUUAUUGGUGGAAAGGGGUGCGGACAUAAACACACGGGUGAGAGAAUGCAGCACGAACAGAAAUAUUAGCUCUUGGUCAGAUGAGAGUGAGUGUCUUCCCUCACCCACCCAUUCCCACUGACACACACAAACAUACAGUCGUGGCCAAAAGUUUUGAGAAUGACACAAAUAUUAAUUUUCACAAAGUCUGCUGCCUCAGUUUGUAUGACGGAAAUUUGCAUGUACUCCAGAAUGUUAUGAAGGGUGAUCAGAUGAAUUGCAAUUAAUUGCAAAGUCCCUCUUUGCCAUGCAAAUGAACUGAAUCCCCCAAAAAACAUUUCCACUGCAUUUCAGCCCUGCCACAAAAGAACAAGCUGACAUCUUGUCAGUGAUUCUCUCAUUAACACAAGUGUGAGUGUUGACGAGGACAAGGCUGGAGAACACUCUGAUUGCAGAGGGUGGCUGUGUAAUUGUGUUUUUACAAGCCAUGUUUGCUGAUUGAGUUUGAAUAACAGACUGGAUGCUUCAAAAGGAGGGUGGUGCUUGGAAUCAUUGUUCUUCCUCUGUCAACCAGCUGAGGACUGGGGUAAAGUCAUUUUCUCUGAUGAAUCCCCUUUCUGAUUGUUUGGGGCAUCCGAAGAAAAGCUUGUGUGGAGAAGACAAGGUGAGCGCUACCAUCAGCCAUCGGUCAAUCCUCAAGAGGCGGGUGGACAAACAAAAACACACAAAUUCUGACAAACUCCAAGCAUUGAUUAUGCAAGAAUGGGCUGCCAUCAGUCAGGAUGUGGCCCAGAAGUUAAUUCACAGCAUGCCAGGGUGGAUUGCAGAGGUCUUGAAAAAGAAGGGUCAACACUGCAAAUAUUGAAUCUUUGCAUCAACUUCAUGUAAUUGUCAAUAAAAGCCUUUGACCCUUAUGAAAUGCUUGUAAUUAUACUUCAGUAUUCCAUAGUAACAUCUGACAAAAAUAUCUAAAGACACUGAAGCAACAAACUUUGUGGAAAUUCAUAUUUGUGUCAUUCUCAAAACUUUUGGCCAUGACUGUUCACAUCUAUUGAUAGGCAGUUAGACUAGUGGUUAGAGUGUUGGGCAAGGUAAAAAUCUGUCGUUCUGCCCCUGAACAAGGCAGUUAACCCACUGUUCCCUCCCCGUCAUUGUAAAUAAGAAUUUGUUCAAUACUGACUUGCCUGGUUAAAUUAAAAAAACAAGCAUGACUUGACUUAAACCCUUUCUUUGAAAGUAUUUGUCUUCCACAAACUUUCUCCAGCAGGCAAACAGCUAAAUAUAUAUUUCUGAGUAUUGGAGUUAAAUGUCCAUGCCUAAGGCCUAAGCAAUUGCAGAAGUAUGUCAGGAAAUGUUUUUUUUUGUUAAUAGGGUGCAUUUGGACGGACUCCAAUCUACAGAGCUGCGUUUGGAGGCCAUCUUGGGGCAGUGCAGACUCUUCUACAGCUUGGGGCAGACCCGAGGACCCAUGCAGAUGAUGGUAGCACUCCAGAGCAGGUGGCUUCUGAAGAGGCUGUGGUUGCCACUUUACAGAACUGGGAUCUGAGUGCCACUGACUCCAUGCUGUCGAAGAUGAAGGCAGAGGAACAGAGGAGGGCGGAGGAAGAGGAAAAGCAGAACGAGGCGGAGACUGACCGGUAAGAGUCACGCCCAAGUGUUCAACCCCUCCCACUCAAAACAGAAACCUUUCGUAGAGUAUGACACUCUCAAAACCCAACCCUAUGCUCCCAAACAUAGUCUAAUUAGGUCAUGUCUCAUGCAUACAGCAUAGACAACAGGGUAAGAUACACAAUUUAGCCAGAACAGUAAGAGAAACUGAAUAGCUUGGCCAGAGAUCAGAUGUUGUGUGCACACAUUAUUUGUACUAUUUGUAAUAUGUUUAUAUCUAUCUACUUCCCCUCUCCUUCAACACAAAGGCAGGCCAGUCCUGCAUAGUCACUUUUGCUGAGUUGAGGACAGAUAGAGAGGAUAGCUGACAUGAUUUCCCCACACAUUGUUCACUGAUAGGCGGAAACAGUGCAAACGUGCAAACCAAAAAUGGCCUGUGUUUUCCCUCAGCCUGAAAGGGGAGGUGGAUCAGCUCCAGAAAGAGCAUGAGCGAUGCCAAAGAGAGGUAAGACACAUCUGGAAUCAAUAGUUCCUAGAUGAACAGGGAAAAUGUCCCUUUCAUCACUCUGACGUCACUCGCCCUGUGUGUGUAUAUAGCUGCAGAAGGCCUUCGUUGAGCUGAAUAAGAGGAUCACAGAACAUGAUACAUGUGUGAGGAAGGGUAUGGAGGAGCAGGCUAAAGUCACCUUGCUGGUAGUUACUGUACUUUUUUAGCACACUGCUAAAGUUGUAUUGUCUCAGUACUGAAGUAAUAAUGUAUGUAUUGUAUCAGUACUGAUGUAUGUAUUGUCUCAGUACUGGUGUGUGUGUGUGUGUGUGUGUCUGUGUGUGUGUGUGUGUGUGUGUGUGUGUGUGUGUGUGUGUGUGUGUGUGUGUGUGUGUGUGUGUGUGUGUGUGUGUGUGUGUGUGUGUGUGUGUGUGUGUGUGUGUGUGUGUGUGUGUGUGUGUGCGUGCGUAAAGGUGGUUCAUGAAGCUGAAGAUGUGUUGGCGAAAGCUCAAAUAGCAGCUCAUGAGGCUGCAGGGAAACUAUCCCUUGCCAAGCUGACACUGAGAGAGCAGUCUGGUGGUGGUAUGUAAUGUCACACGCACACACACAUGCAGGUACACCCCCUCCCCCCCCACACACACACACACACAUACACAGACACAGACAAACAAACACACCUUUCCCUGGAGCAACACAAAAUGUAAUAUUCUCACAGUGUGUGUUUAUGUGAACUAAGAUGCUGUCCUGGACCGUGGUGGGGUUCGUUGCCCGGUUCGUGACCUUGAGGAAGUUCUUAUUAAAGAUGUAGGCGGCAAGAUCAAGCAGGAUGGCAGGUGGCCCCUGCUUGUGGAUACCUAUGGUCAGGCUGCCACAUUUCUACGCUACAGAGACACUAACUACCUGGACGCCUUGCACCCUGGAGACAUGCAGCCUGACAAACUGAGACUCGCUCUACUGGGGGCCAUCAGGUUCGGAAAGCCCUUGGUUAUUAACAUGAUGGAGGUUGACUUGUUUGAGAGUGUACAGAACCAGCUAGACCAGGUGAACCCAGGGCUGAGUGAGCAGCUGAUGAACAAGGAGCUCCUGCAAGAAGAGAGGUACCUAAGCCUGGUGCGCUCCACAGAUGGUCCUCAGUAUGCCAGAACUGAGUUCAUGCUGGACCGCAUUGAGAAGUUCAUCCUGGUCUUGGUGACCAAACAGCGCCACCCUCCUGAUGCACUGCUCACAGCAUUCUAUCCCAUCCAUGUCAUGCUGCCGGAACCCAAAAUAUGACGUUGCUGUGGCUCAAAAGUGUAAAUACUGUUGUUGUUGUUGUUUUACCACAAAACAUGUUUUACUAAUAUAAAAUAUAUGACACCAAAAAAUAAGGAUUUUAUUUUUGGUAUGAUUAUUAUGUAAAUGAUUAGAUGUUAAUCUCCAGCAGAUUGACAGCACUGUGGCAAUUUUCAUGGCAGCUAAAUAUAAAAUACUUUUUUUGAUAAUGCACACUAGUAGUAGUCUAAACCAAAACAAAAAGUAGCAUUGUGUCACAGGAAACACAGGCACUCGCGAUUUGUUACAGCAAUCCCUAUCCCUAUUGGCUGCUACAGUUGACUUGUUUUUAGGAACAGCCAAUCAUGGGGUUGUAUAGAAGAGAUUUGACACAGGGAGUUAUUUUACACUGGCCCAGGUUGAACCGGGCAAAAAUCCGGUCACAUCAUCGGGCGAAAGCACUAAGUGACACCACUCCGUUAUUUUGUCAACAAGGCAGUAUUGGUGCGUCGUCCAGAAACAUACAUCUCUUUUCCAUAAAAUAAAUGUGUGCUUUUUCCAACUCGUUUUUAUUGUGAAGGCAGAUGUCACUGUUGCAUGGGAAAACAGAAUCCUACUAAUUACUUAAUUAUUGCUUAAUAAUUACUUUUGUUUUGAGGCGACCUCGGCCUCGGACAGAGCGGGGCACCUGUCUCACGUCCGGGAGGCAGCCCGGUUUCAAAUCGAAUGCAAUCAACUUUCAGCCGGUGCAAAACACGCCUCAACGGGCGCACUGGCGAGAUUAAUCGAACCCCUCACUCUCCCCCGCGCUUUUAACAACAUGUUGUGAUGAUGGUAGGAUGCUAAGCUAGCUACUCUUAUUAAUUAAGUAAGGGUGUCCCAUUUAAGCAGCUAUUUGUGUUACUUCUGAUAAUAUUCACCACCUGAAUCAAAGCUAACAGUAUGUCCGGGGUGAUUCGGAGACUCGAUGAGACCGUUGUUAAUCGGAUUGCUGCUGGAGAAGUUAUCCAACGUCCUGCAAAUGCUAUCAAAGAAUUGCUUGAAAACUGUUUAGAUGCCAAGUCCACCAACAUACAGGUGACUGUGAAGGAGGGGGGUCUGAAACUUAUCCAGAUACAAGACAAUGGCACUGGCAUCAGGAAAGAAGAUAUGGAAAUAGUAUGUGAACGGUUUACAACAAGCAAGCUCCAGACUUUUGAGGACCUCAACGCCAUCUCAACCUAUGGUUUCCGAGGAGAGGCACUUGCCAGUAUCAGCCAUGUUGCCCAUGUGACCAUAACAACCAAAACGGCUGACGCCAAGUGUGCUUACAGAGCCACCUACUGCGAUGGGAAACUAAAGACCCAACCCAAACCCUGCGCUGGAAACCAGGGGACACAGAUCACUGCGGAGGAUCUGUUUUAUAACGUGUCCACCAGGAGGAAAGCACUGAAGAGCCCCAGUGAGGAGUACUCCAGGAUUGUGGAGGUGGUGAGCAGGUAUGCCAUACACAACUCUGGGAAAAGCUUUGCUGUCAAAAAGCAAGGCGAGACCAUGGCAGACGUCAGGACCCUACCCAACGCCUCCAUACUGGAUAAUAUCCGUGUGGUGUUCGGCAAUACAGUCAGCAGGGAGCUGAUUGAAGUGGGCUGUGAGGAUCAGAAGCUUGCCUAUAAGCUGAAGGGCCACAUCUCCAAUGCCAACUACUCAGUGAAGAAGUGCAUUCUCAUCCUCUUCAUCAAUCAUCGUCUGGUUGAAUCGAGUGCCUUAAAAAAAGCCAUUGAGACCGUUUAUGCUGCAUACCUUCCCAAGAACUCUCACCCAUUUCUAUAUCUCAGCCUGGAGAUUGCCCCUCAUAACAUCGACGUGAAUGUCCACCCUACCAAACACGAGGUGCACUUCCUCCACGAAGACUGUAUCAUCGAGAGCGUUCAAAAACAGAUAGAGAGCAAACUCCUGGGCUCCAACUCCUCACGCACGUACUUCACACAGACAUUGCUGCCUGGGCUGUCUGUCUCCACCAGCGAGGGGAAGUCUUCCUCCAACUCCACAGGGGACAGUGAACGGGUCUACGCCCAUCAGAUGGUCAGGACCGACAGUAGAGCCCAAAAGCUGGACGCCUUUCUCCAGCCGGCGUCCAAGCUGGCCCCUCCUCCCACCGCCAACCCUAAUGGGCAGAGCAGGGGGGAACCUGUGACCACCAAUGACAUGGAAGAGAUGGACAACGCCGAGAUCCUGGAGGAACAGGCGCCAGGUGCCACAGAGGAUGGGGAGCGAACCAGCCGAAAUACCCCAGCUGAUCUCCCCAGGAAGCGUCCCCGUGCCGGUCAGGACGAGGAGCAGGAGGACCUGACUGCUGCAGCCACAACCAGGAGACGAGCCAUCAAGCUGAGCAGUGUGAAGGAGCUGAGAGAUGACAUCGCUGAGUACGCACACAAAGGUCUUCAAGAGAUGCUUCAGAAUCACUCGUUUGUGGGCUGUGUCAACCCCCAGUGGACUCUAAUCCAGCACCAUACCAAACUGUACCUUCUCAACACCACCAAACUCAGCCAGGAGCUAUUCUACCAAAUUUUGAUCUACGACUUCGGUAACUUUGGCAUCUUGAGGUUAUCUGAGCCUGCGCCACUCUAUGACCUGGCCAUGCUGGCUCUGGACUCCGAGGAGAGCGGCUGGUCGGAGGAGGACGGGCCCAAGGAGGGUCUGGCCCAAUACAUAGUCGACUUCUUGAAGAAGAAAUCUGAGAUGCUGGAGGACUACUUCUCCAUGGAGAUCGACCAGGAAGGAAAUCUCACCGGUUUGCCAUUGCUGCUUGACAAGUACACCCCUCCUAUGGAGGGUCUGCCCAUGUUCAUCCUACGUUUGGCUACUGAGGUGAACUGGGACAAUGAGAAGGACUGCUUCAGAGAAUUCAGCAAGGAGUGCAGCCAGUUCUACUCUAUCAGGAAACAGUAUGUCCUGGAGCCGGGAGAGGAGGAGCAGGAUGCAGAGCUGAACUCGUGGCGUUGGAAGGUGGAGCAUCUCCUGUUUAAAUCCUUCCGGAGCCUCUUCAGUCCCCCUAAACACUUCAGUGAGGAUGGCAGCGUACUCCAGAUUGCUAAUCUACCAGACCUCUACAAAGUAUUUGAGCGAUGCUAAGACAUGAGAAACACUGUCCAUGGGCUGCAUGUCUGUUUCGGGAAACCAUUUGAUAUACAGUUGAAGUCGGAAGUUUACAUACACCUUAGCCAAAUACAUUUAAACUGUUUUUCACAGUUCCUGACGUUUAAUCCUAGUAAAAAUCCCUGUUUUAGGUCAGUUAGGAUUACCACUUUAUUUUAAGAAUGUGAAAUGUCAGAAUAAUAGUGUAGUGAUUUGACUUUUUCAUCACAUUCCCAGUGGGUCAGAAGUUUACAUACACUCAAUUAGAAUUACCUUUAAAUUGUUUAACUUUGUUCAAACGUUUCAGCUAGCCUUCCACAAGCUUCCCACAAUAAAUUGGAUGAAUUUUGGGUUAUUCCUCCUGACAGGUGUAACUGAGGCAGGUUUGUAGGCCUCCUUGCUCGCACACCCUUUUUCAGUUCUGCCCAUGAGAUUGAGGUCAGGUCUUUGUGAUGGCCAAUACCUUGACUUUGUUGUCCUUAAGCCAUUUUGCCACAACAUUGGAAGUAUGCAUUUGCGACCAAGCUUUAACUUCCUGACUGAUGUCGCUUCAAUAUAUCCACACAAUUUUCCUACCGCAGCAAAGCACUCCCACAACAUGUUUCCACCCCCGUGCUUCACGGUUGGAAUGGUGUUCUUCGGCUUGCAAGCCUCCCCCUUUUUCCUCCAAACAGUUCCAUUUUUGUUUCAACAGACCAGAGUACUUUUUGGAGAAAUGUCCCAUCUUUGUCCCGACUUGUCCCGUCCAGACUUGCCAAAACAACUUUCAACUAUGUACUGUACAAACCCUCAUCUUCCAAAUUGUUUAGGUGGUGGGAGCUCUAACCAUUGACUUUUACAGAGUGGAUUGAGGUGCUUGCGUUAUAAUUCAAGAAUUAACAGCUUGUUCAUGAUUACUGGUAACAAAAUGAAACAAAGGGCAGUGUAAAUCUGUUAAGAGUUUAUUCAAUGCGAUAGCUGCCCCAGACACAAUCACUGUGUGAUCCUGAGACUUGAAACUGCUUGGCUUUCAAAGCAGCGAACACUGUUUGAGAAGUGGUAUGUAGUGCUGUCUUCUGAUGUACCCCAAAUAAAGAACCUCAAACCAUCA